AUGGCUUCGCUGCAGUCGGCGCCUGCUAUGGCGCCCGGCAACAUGGGAUUGCCACCAAACCUGACCCAGCAGCACAUCCAGGAGGCUCUGCAGAAAUUUAAGCAGAUGCAAGAGCAGGGUGUCCCCCAUGACAACCCAGAGUACCUAAAGUAUCAUAACCUGCUCUCGGCUGUCCAGCGCCAGCAAAUGUUCCAAAAACAAAAGAUGGCCGCGCAACAACGCCAGCAACAACAACAACAACAACAACAACAGCAGCAGCAGCAGCAACAGCAGCAGCAGCAGCCACAACAGGGACAGAUUAAUGGUGCUGCUACUGGCCCUGAUCCUGCCACCAAUGGUGCUCAUGGCCGUACUGCCUCUACCUCUUCUGUGACUGGCCCGGCCAAUGAUGCGAAUGCCACCCGCAAGCCCGCCACUGUUGGAAGCGGAAGCUUUUCGCCCGAGCAACUUGCCAUUCUCCGGAACCAGAUCUUCGCUUUCAAGAAGCUUUCCAAGAACGAGCUCAUCCCUCCCGCUCUUCGCCAGCAGCUCUUUGCAGCAAAGAAGUUCCACACCCCUACCCCAACAGAGAAUGUUUCUGUUGCAGAGAAACUCGUUGAAAAUGCCGACAAAGCCACCCCCGAGACGGCUCCCGCCCAAGCAGAAAGCGAUAUUCUCACAAAAGAAUGGUACAGCAGCUACGAAGUACCCGAGAAGAUACUGGGAAAGAUCUCAUACCGGGAUCACGCCGUUUUGAAAAAGCGCGGGCGUAUUCCCGCCUUUUCUACUACCUUCCUUGAUCGAGUUUCGAUUGACGAAGACCGAGAAGUCGCGCGCUACAAUCGCAUGACUAGCCGUGCCAAGACCAUCCAGGAACUUCCUGUCAACAUUGGUAUUUGGGACGCCGACAAGAGCGAUGCCCCGAGCAGCGACUCCGCGGCGAAUACCGCUCUUCUUAUCGAGUACAAAUCCUUGAGCCUGUUUGAACGCCAACGGGUGCUUCGCGAUAAGCUUCGACGCGCCAUUGCGCAUGACAGGAAUCAAGUGAACACUGCACAGCAGCGCCGCAUGAAGAGGCCAUCUCUUCGCGAGGCCCGAAUUACCGAGAAGCUUGAGGCUCAGCAACGUUCUGCUCGCGAAUCAAGGGAGAAAGAGAAGCAGAAUGCUCAGCUGCAAGCCCUCUUCAACCAUCGUAUGGCCCUUGUUCAGGCUGCCGAUAGCACUCGGUCCCGUAUUGAUAAGCUGGGUCGUACUAUGUUGUCGCACCAGCAGUUCAUGGAGCGAGAGGAGCAGAAGCGCGUGGAGCGCACUGCUAAGCAGCGUCUCCAGGCCCUGAAGGCUAACGAUGAAGAGACUUACAUGAAGUUGCUCGGACAGGCCAAGAACUCCCGUCUAGACCACCUGGUCGGCCAGACCAACAAGUGGAUGCGCCAGCUCAAGGGUAGUGUCCGUGAGCAGCAAGGAAGAGGCGCAGCGGAGGAGGCCGACGAUGAUGGAUCCGGCGACGAUGAGACCAACGAUUAUUACGAGGUCGCUCACACUGUGAAGGAAGAGGUCACCGAACAGCCGAAGAUCCUUGUUGGCGGUACCCUCAAGGAAUACCAGAUCAAGGGUCUCCAGUGGAUGAUUUCGUUGUACAACAAUAACCUGAACGGUAUUCUUGCCGACGAGAUGGGUCUUGGAAAGACCAUUCAGACAAUCAGUUUGAUCACCCAUAUUAUCGAAAAGAAGCAGAAUAACGGCCCAUUCUUGGUUAUUGUGCCCCUUAGUACAUUGACCAACUGGAAUAUCGAGUUCGACAAAUGGGCACCCGCAGUCAGCAAGGUUGUUUACAAGGGCCCCCCGAAUGCUCGCAAGCAGCAGCAGCAGCAGAUUCGCUGGGGCAACUUCCAAGUUCUCCUGACAACCUACGAAUACAUCAUCAAGGAUCGUCCACUCCUCAGCAAGAUCAAGUGGACUCACAUGAUAAUUGACGAGGGUCAUCGAAUGAAGAAUGCCAAUUCGAAGCUCAGCAGUACUCUGGCCCAGUAUUACAACAGUCGCUUCCGUUUGAUUUUGACCGGUACACCGUUACAAAACAACCUGCCUGAAUUGUGGGCAUUGUUGAACUUCGUUUUGCCGAAGAUCUUCAAAUCCGUGUCGUCUUUUGAUGAAUGGUUCAACACGCCGUUCGCUAAUACUGGUGGUCAAGACCGCAUUGAUCUGACCGAGGAAGAACAGUUGCUUGUCAUUCGUCGUCUGCAUAAGGUUCUCCGUCCUUUCCUGCUCCGUCGUCUCAAGAAGGAUGUCGAGAAGGACCUGCCAGACAAGCAAGAGCGUGUCAUCAAGUGUCGCUUCUCUGCUCUACAGGCUAAGCUGUACAAGCAGCUUGUCACUCACAACAAGAUGGUAGUUAGCGAUGGCAAAGGCGGCAAGACCGGCAUGCGUGGUCUCAGUAACAUGCUGAUGCAGCUUCGAAAAUUGUGCAACCAUCCUUUUGUCUUCGAGCCCGUGGAAGAUCAGAUGAACCCUACUCGCAUGUCAAAUGACCUCCUUUGGCGUACGGCAGGAAAAUUUGAAUUGCUUGAUCGCAUUCUGCCCAAGUUCCGUGCCACUGGCCACAGAGUCCUUAUGUUCUUCCAGAUGACUCAAAUUAUGAACAUCAUGGAGGACUUCCUUCGCUUCCGUGGUAUGAAGUAUCUUCGUUUGGAUGGUGCCACCAAGUCCGAUGAUCGAUCUGACCUUCUGAAACAAUUCAAUGCUCCUGGUUCGGAGUAUUUUUGCUUCCUUCUUUCGACACGUGCCGGUGGUCUGGGUCUGAACUUGCAAUCUGCCGAUACUGUCAUCAUUUAUGAUUCUGAUUGGAAUCCCCAUCAAGAUUUGCAGGCACAAGAUCGUGCCCAUCGUAUUGGACAGAAGAACGAAGUCCGCAUUUUGCGAUUGAUCAGUUCCAACUCCGUUGAAGAGAAGAUCUUGGAGCGAGCCCAGUUCAAGCUUGACAUGGAUGGCAAGGUCAUUCAAGCCGGAAAGUUCGACAACAAGUCCACCAACGAGGAGCGAGACGCACUUCUUCGGACACUGUUGGAAACGGCAGAAGCAGCCGACCAAGUUGGAGAGCAAGAUGAAAUGGAUGACGAUGAUCUGAAUGAAAUCAUGUCACGCGCCGAAGGCGAAGUAGCCAUCUUCCAGCAAAUCGACAAAGAAAGGGCGGCCAAUGAUGCAUAUGGACCUGGUCACCGUUACCCUCGCUUGAUGUGUGAAGAUGAGCUACCGGAUAUCUACAUGCAGGAAGACAAUCCUGUCGAGGAGGUUACCGAGACAGAGGUGUACGGUCGUGGAGCUCGUGAGCGCAAAAUCACAAGAUACGAUGAUGGGCUGUCCGAGCUUCAGUUCCUGAGAGCGGUCGAUGCCAUGGAAGGUGGCGAGGAAGAUGCACCGACUUUAGACGAGGUCGUUGAGGAGAAUGCCCGUCGUGCCGCCGAGAAAGUAGCCAACAAAGAAAAGAGAAAGAAGAGGGCUUCGGGUGUUGUCGAAUCUUCCCCCGAUCCGUCAAUUGAAGAUUCAGAAACCCCCAAGAAGAAGCGUCGCCGUGGCCCCCCGCCCAAGCGCAAGGCAGAUGAAGUUGCUGAAGAGACCCCGCAGCCCAAGCGCAAGCGUGGUCGCCAACCGAAGAUUCCAGACACUCUGAGCAGCUCCGACCGUGCUACCCUGAACCGCAUUGUUUCCAGCGUCCUUCAGUCGCUCAAGGAUAUGGAGCAGGAAAUCCCUGCCGAGUCAUCCGAUAGCGAGGAGGGCCCAAUGGUGCGGGCAAUCAUCGAUCCAUUCAUGAAACCUCCACCCCGCUCGCAAUAUCCCGAUUAUUACAUGAUCAUCAAGAACCCUAUUGCAGUAGACACAAUUGAGAAGAAGAUCAAGCGGGAUGACUAUCAAAACUUGAGGGAGUUCCGGGAUGACGUUCACCUGCUUUGCCAGAAUGCCAGGACGUACAACGAAGACGGCAGUCUCUUGUACCAAGAUGCCAAUGAUAUCGAAGACAAGUGUGUGAUGGAAUUGAAGAAGCUAACGGAGGGUCAUCCUGAGUUUGCAAACUUCGAUGACCCUUUGUCUGUCCUUGGCGAUGGCCAGUCAACCGGCAUCGCCUCCGGAGCCGAUACCCCCUUGACUGCCAGCACACCUGGCCAGCCAAAGAUUAAGCUCACAUUCAACAACUCCAACUUCGACAGCGCCAGCACCCUAAACGGAACUGACCCUGAUGUCGAUGAAGAAUGA